CAACACUUAAAUAAAGAAGUAUUUUUUAAAGACGAAAAAAAAAUGUUUUUUAGCACUUCAUCCGGUAUUAAUGAUGACUCAGAAAGCAUCAACUUCUUAUAUGCAAGAAAGCCCUUUAUCUCUUCAUUCCCUGCUUGGAUCUUUAGGAAUUUCACAUGGGAUUGAGUGUUAGAUUAGUCUGGUUUGGCAGAUGCUGUUCUUUGAUUGGUCAGUUGGGUGAUGUUGUUAUUGUAAAUAGCAGCAUUGACCUUGUUGUGUUAGCGAGUGCUGUAAAGGUCAUCACCUGCGUGCAUGUGAUCAGAACAUGCUCGAGCUGCAAUAACAGUAUUUUAUUAGUCAAGUGGUGGCUUGGAUUUAAAAGACACCACUGAAUAAACUCACCCUGUGAUGAUAUUGUUACUGUUUAUGAAUUGAUUAACUGAGUGCACAUGCCCUGAAGUAUGCUAUCCAUGUGUUUAUUCAGCUCUGUGUUGUAGAGGCCAGGAACAUGGAUAUGCUUGUUCAUUCACCAAAGGAAUUAGUAGAGAUAAAAGAAGAAGGCUGAAUAAACUUGGUGAUAAACAGAGUUUGCAAUGACAUUGUUACUGUUUGCAUUAAUUAAGUAAAUGCACUGGGCACUCUUUCUGCUGAUCUCAAAUAUAAACACUUACAAAGGACCAUGUCAUUUCGGUCCAUGCUAGUUUCCCAGUCUCCUGUAUCAGAAGAGUUUGGACAUCCAAAGAGCCCAGUGUAUGUCUGCAGGGAUUGCGACUUCUCAGCAGCUAACCCGUCUGACGUGCUGAGUCACAUAUCAGGAGUCCAAGCACACCAGGCUAACUCUUCCAAUGACUGCAUUUAUUUUGGCCAUGGCAUAGCAAUAAAUAAGGAAUGCCCAGUUAAAAGUGAAUCUCCAGUCACUGAAGAGCCUGAUUACGAAUGUAGCAAUGCCACCAAUGAACUGAAAGAAGCUGAAGGUGCUGUCACCAGUGUGUCAUGUCAAGUAACAGCCGUGUCAUGUCAGACAGACUUGUCACUUGGCCUGGCUGAUUUCAGCUUCCUGACAGAGGCAGAGUCUUCUAUGGUGCUUGCUCAGUUACAGUGCUUACAAACCUCCUGGAAGUCCUUACAGAGCACAUGGGUGAAACACAUGGGCAUGGUGAACACAAACAACCAGGAAGAGAAAAAUAACAGCAAUAUGUCCCCCAGCUCAGGUUCAGAAGAUCAGCCAGAAUUUAGGUCAAGGUCAGAAGGUCACAGUGAUGCCAAUGUCAAGGUUAAAGUAGAAGAUGGAGAAAAAAGAGGGGUGCUGGACAAUAUAAUCAUGCAGAAAUUAUCCAGGGGGACUGACAGCAGCAGUGACUCCCCUGCGUCCCCUGCGUUGAGUGACCAGCCCAAGAGUUCCAGGAGUCGUAAAGGAAUUCCUUGUAAGAUCCGUAGAGUUGCAGAAGAUGAAGAUGUAGAGCAAGGUGGAGGUGAAGCUAGAGAGAUGGAGGAAGUGCCAUCUGGACAUGAGGGUGCUGGCGAAGGUGAAGAUGAUAUGACACAGUCUCACCAUGGUGCCAAUAGCAAGACUGAUACUGCCAUUGAUAAUGAAGAAAACAAAACUGAAGUGCCUAACACACAAGAUCCUUCCAAGUCUAAUUACUUUGCUGCAGCGGCCAUGCCACAGUUUCCAGGGCUUCCAGCUCAGGGUCAUGGUGGCCGCCUUCCCAAUACAGAUGUAGAGGUCAGCACUGCAUGGCCUGUGGCUCCGUGGCUCUCUGGUUUAACACAUGGGCGACAGCAGAGUUUUGGGUGGAACAUGCCAAAUUUUCCUGCAGGUGUUCCUCAAUUUGCCAUGGGCUUCCCAACCAGUCCACCACUUGCGUCAAAAAGAGAAGAAUCCCCUUCUUUGUGGAAUGCACCUCGUGUUAGAAGAGACCUGCCCACAGCUUCAGAUUCUUCUAGUAUGCGAGUAAAGAUUGGAGACCAACAAGGUUCUUCUGGCAGUGGACAAAGCCCUGGUCAGCCUGGACAAGCCCAGGUGCAAAAGGGGAACCAGGACCCUAAAGCUGUGCCAACAAAAAAGGAGCCUCUAAAAUGCAGAUUCUGCAAUUUCACGUGUAACAACAGGUAUUCCCUGAAACGCCAUGAGCGCAGACAUGGAAACGAAGACGACAAGUUUACCUGUCAGUACUGUAGGAAAUCGUUCAACGAGAGAACACGGCUCACUGAGCACAUUAACUUUAAGCACGAGAACAAGCAGAAAGUUUGUGAGGUGUGUGGCAAGUCAUUCAGUAGCAUGUCUGGAUACAGGGCUCAUCAAAAGAUCAAGCAUACUGAUAAAGGUACCAAAAAGUGUGAACUCUGUCAGCUAUCAUUUCUCGAUAAUUGGCAUUAUGAGGGGCACAUGAACAAGCAUUAUAAACUGAAACCUUACCAGUGCGAAGAGUGCCACAAAACUUUUUCGCACAGAAUAAGUUACCAGAGACACAGAAGAUCGUGUGCCAGUGAGAGGAAGUCCCACACAUGUACCAUCUGCCAUAAGGAGUUUGCACACAAAUUUAACCUUGAUGAACAUUACGCAGGAAAGCAUGACCGUAGGCAGAUAUGUUGCAAAGAUUGCGGUAGGAUCUUCUCCUGGAAGACUUCGUACCUGAGACAUGUUAGGACCAUGCAUCCCAGUUCAGUGCCAUGAUGACAUAAAGUGUAUUCUAAUAACUAUUGAACUUACAUGGUUCAUAAUUUUUGAAUGAUUUUUAAUUUUUUAUAUCUUUUCUAAAUUAUGAAAAAGAAAAGACUACCAUCUAAAUUAUGAAAAAGAAAAAAAUACCAACACCUAAAGCACUCUAGACUUCAAAAUUCUGAAAUAACUGCAAGAAGUAAAUUGAUAUGGAAGUACAGUCCAGGGUUUUGGUCCAAAACAAAAGAUGAAAUGCAACAACACUUAAAUCACUUACACUUAAACAUACUGGUUAGUAACAUAGAAUCAGAGGCCUUCUUUAGGAAGGUCAUAAAAGUUUCUGUUACUUACAAGGGAAGGGGCAUUUUGGCAUAUACAAGAUUACUAGAAGGGUUUAUUUCCACUUCACCCAA